AUGUUCAACUUCGUCGAGCAACACGUAGCUGCUACACCUUUGGCACAUCUCUACCACCUUGCUCCUGCCCCUCUGGUUAACAUGACCGCUGUGGCUACCGCUUUCAUCACCCUUGUCGGUGUGGCUGCCGCUGUCAGCCAGAAAGUCCGCGACAUCCUCGUUUUCAGCUACACCUGCUUCCUCCAGCCUCUCGGAAAAACCGCCAACCAGGCUGAACGUCUCGACAAGUUCUACCAGAACCAAGCCAGUGUCUACGAUGCUACUCGCUCCGGGCUCCUCAAGGGCCGAACCACCAUGCUCAAGCUUUGUGCUGCUCAGCUCCGCGACAUGCAGGCUUCCAAUCCUGGAAAGCCUCUUGUCUGGGUCGACAUCGGUGGUGGUACUGGCUGGAACAUUGAGCAGAUGAACGAGCAUUUUCCCAUAGAUCAGCUCUCCCAGGUCUACCUGAUUGACCUAUGCGAGCCGCUUCUCGAGGUCGCCCGCAAGCGAUUCGCUGCCAAGGGGUUCAAGAAUGUACAGGUCCUCUGUCAAGACGCCAGCCAGUUCAACAUGCCUGGUCUUGCCGCCGGACAAAAAGUGGAUCUGUUCACCUGCAGCUACUCGAUUUCGAUGAUUCCUCCCUUUUACGCCGUACUCGACCGUAUCAACGAGUUCCUCGACCCCGUCACGGGUGUCUUCGGCGUUGUUGACUUUUACGUUUCUGGCAAGAGCGCCUCUACCGAAAAGAGCCCCAUGAUUGGCGGUGACACCCGACGUCAGUGCGGCUGGCUCAGCCGCUGGUUCUGGAGCAUGUGGUUCUCGCUCGACCACAUCGAACUGCACCCUGCUCGUCGCGACUACCUCGAGCACAAGUUCGGAACCAUCAAGUGCUACAACGGACGCAACAACUUUAUCAUUCCAUUCAUCGUUCGAAUUCCCUACUACAUCUGGCUCGGCGUUUCUCGCGAACGCGACACCAACAAGGCACUUCAAGCUUUCGAGGUCGAGUCGGGCAACCGCGUCGUUGUGCCGCCUUCCUUUCCUGAGCUCGCCUUUAUGCACGAUGAAGAGACGCUCUCCAAGAAGCCUUCGGCAACCUCCACGGGCGUUGACGCCAGCCAAGAUGCCAGCAGCCGAUUCGAGCCAGCUCGCAGGCUCAUCCGACGAAGGGUCUCGGAAGCGACCACUGAGAGCGACGCCGACUCUGACCGACCUCUCAAGCUCGACAUCGGGCCUCACUUCCCUCUGAGCUCGUUCCACUACCAAAAGCGACAAUGGCGUCUUCCCUUCGUUGACAAUGAAUUCAGCGACAUGUUCCGCACCUGGAUCUACGGUUUCACCUGGGAAGAUCCCUACGUCGACAUGCAGCACCUCAACCUGGGCAAGGACGAUUCGAUCCUCUGCAUCACUUCGGCCGGUGACAAUGCACUCCACUACGCCGUUGCUGGUAAGCCGCGCAGGAUCCACGCUGUCGACAUGAACCCAUGCCAGGGACACUUGCUCGAACUCAAGCUGGCCUGCAUUGCCUCGCUCACGUACGACGAGAUGUGGCAGAUGUUCGGCGAGGGUCGUAUCGACAACUUCCGCGAGCUGCUCGACAGCAAGAUCUCGCCUUACCUCUCUUCGCAUGCGUACCAGUUCUGGAGGCUCAACACUCGUGCUUUCGACAAGGCCUUCUACUUCCGCGGAUACUCUGGUCACGCUUUGCGACUCGCCAAGUUCGCCUUCACCGUGACUGGUGUACGACGAUGGGUCGAGAAGAUGUGCACCGCCAAUUCGGUUGAAGAGCAGCAAGACGUUUGGAACAAGAAGCUCCGCUCUACUCUGAUCAACAAGCCUCUGAUCCGCCUCUUCCUUUCCAACCCCGCCUUCCUGUGGAACGCCCUGGGUGUUCCCAUGAACCAGUACCAAAUCUUCCUCGAUGAAGGAAUCUCGGCCGAGCAGUUCGCCAUCGACACGCUCGACUCUAUCCCCAGUCGCAGCCUGAUCAAGAACGACAACUACCACUAUCAACUGUGCCUCUUGCACAAAUACACCAAGCAGAGCUGCCCGCUCUACCUCAAACCCGAUGGAUUCGCCGCACUCAAGAAGCAGGCGCUCGAAGAUGGUCUCGACUCGUUCCGUCUUCACACUGACUCGAUCGUCAAUGUCCUCCGCGGUUUCGAAGACGGCGCUUUGACGAGGGCCAUCACCAUGGACCACAUGGAUUGGUUCGACCCCGUCCCCGCUUCCAGACCCGCACCGACAAUCAAGCAGGCGCGCAAGGACUCGGACAAGUCGGUCUCGGAUCUCGACCGGGAGAUCUGCGAGCUGUCACGCGUUGUCCGAAGUGGCGGUGCCGUGUUCUACAGAAGUGCGGCGAAGAGGCCGUGGUACAACCAGAGGUUCGAAAAGAUGGGUUUCAAGGUCGAGCCCGUUCACAUCCGAGAGACUGGCAAGCCAAUUGAUAACGUCAAUAUGUAUGCUAGUUUCUACAAGGCUACUCGACUGUAA